AUGAAAGAUGAGAAUCAUGCAUGUAUCCUGAUGAAUUCUCUCCCAGCUUCAUGUGAGUCAUUCAAGGACUCUUUGUAUACCAGUAGAAUGACUAUUAACAUUAAGAUGACCGUUAUCUCAACCCUUCAGUUAAAGGUGAUGAUAAAGAAAAAUGGAGAUGUGGGUGCUUCAACAGAUGCACCAGUUACGAGGGGGCAAAAUUCUGAGCAGGAUAGUGAAUCUUUACAAUCAAGGUCAACAUCCAAGGGUAAGGGUAAAGAAGCCAACUUUGCGGAAUCUAGUGAGGAAGCAAAUGGUAGUGACAUGUUGACCACAUCAAAAUUCAGAGGGAUUAAAGCCUUAGUGGAGCGUGGUACCUACAAGCCUUUUCAGUUGAGGAGAGGCUGUCCAUUUGUCUCCCAUCUACUUUACGAAGAUGAUACACUACUUUUCUUGAAUGGAGGUGUUGCCUCGUUGAAUGCUAUUAAGGAUCUUCUUCAGGCCUAUCAAGAGGCUUUAGGACAGAAGGUGAAUCUUCAUAAAAGCUCCUUCCUCUGCUCUAGUAAGCUCCCACGGUACAGAAUCAAAUCUAUUGAGACUGUGCUGGGGAUUGCUAGGUAUAUCUCAUGCCCAAUUUACCUGGGGGUUCCCUUAUGCUCAGAGAGAGUGAAGAAGGCCCUGUUUCAACCCUUGAUUGACAGGGUGGUUGCCCGCGUGGCUGGUUGGAAGGUAAGAGUCCUUUCGCGGGCCAGUCAAGCUAUCUUGGUCCAGCACGUUCUUGGGAGCAUCCCUAUGCACUCUAUGGCUGCCGCUCAUCUUCCCACGUCAGUUAUUGGGGAGCUGGAGAAGCACUUCGCCCCCUUCUUUUGGGGCUGGUUAGACGGUAAACAAAAGUUCCAUUGGACGAAUUGGAAAGCUAUCUCCAUCCCUAAGCGUGAAGGCGGCUUAGGCAUUAGGAAAUUGAAAGAGGUUAUGCAAGCUCUUCGGCUCAAGAUGACAAUCUGGUCCAAGUCCACGUCGGGCAGGGUGGCACUAACAUCUAGUCGAACAACUAGAUCGGACUGGGCAAGCUUGAUUCCCUCCUGGAAAAGCCCAAUCCCUCCAUCAUUGCGCUCCUUGAGGAUUCGUGACUUCAUCGGCGUCAAUAGCCUCCUCCCUCCGUUCGUCUUCUCUUAUCUGGCCGAGGAUAGCAUCCAUUUCCUGUUUCAGGGAGGGUUUUGUGUUUCUGAGGAAGCUACAGAAUGCUUUUGGCCAUUUGAACCAUCGGGUUCCUUUUUAGUUAAGUCAGCUUGGGAGAAGUGUAGGCAGAGCAGUCAGCAGAAAGGGUGGGCGAAGUGGGUUUUACACGUUAAAAUGCCUCUGAAACUCUCCAUAUUCAUGUGGAGUCUGUUGCGCCAAGCCAUCCUAAUGGACACUCGUGUUCAGUCCAAAGGGGUGCGGCUCGUGUCCUCCUGCGUUUGCUGUGAGGGUAUCAGGUCCUCUUGUCCUAACUGCGAAUCGUUAGGCCACCUCUUCAUCAGCGGAGCCCUUUCGACUGAUGUUUGGAGCUACUUUGGGGACACGUUCGGCAUAUCCUUCCUGUCCGACCCUCUUUUGGAGGUUGUGAAGUGGAGAAGACCGCGGCCGGGUUGGAUCAAGCUCAACGUGGACGAUUCCGCUCUAGGGAACCCAGGCAUGUCCAGGAGAGGUGGUGUUUGUAGAGGGGAUAACGACUCCUUCCAUUUUGCUUUCUCCUUAGGUUAUGGGGUGGGAUUAAACUCCAUGGCCAAGCUUUGGCCAGUUUACCAUGGUUUGGGCCUUUGCGUUGAUUCGGGGUUCUUCCGUGUAGAGAUUGAGUCGGAUUCCAAAUUGGUGGUGUUGAUUUUGAAUGGCUCUUCCCAACAGAGCUGGCAAUGGAAAUACUAG